AUGCUACGCAAUAACUAUCAAAGAUUAGCCUAUCUACUCUUAAAUUUUAUUUUUGUUGUUCGUGCUAGUUACUACUAUAAUCAAAUGACUAAUUCUUAUUCUAAUCCUAAUAUGCAUAUGACAAAUCAAACUAAUGGCCAACAAAUGGCUCUAAACUUCCCACAAGCAAGUGAAAUCAAUUCUUUAAUAUCUGUAAUGCGCUCUAGAGGCUUAACUAAGGCUAUUGUAGUCUAUACCAGCCAGAGUUGUAUGCCUUGCCAGGGGUACAAGGGCACCUUAGCCGGCUUUGUAGCUGCUUUCCCGCAAUAUGCACACUUCUUUAUUGAGUCUCCAACUAACGGGCCUACUGAGUUGGCUAAAGCCACUGGAGUUAGAGCCCUGCCAACCACUCAAGUCUGUGAGCUAGCCGAGAAUAACAGUCUGCGUGUUAAGGAUAGUAGAGGAAGUGCGCUUAGCAAAGACCAGCUCUUGCAAAUGAUUCAAGGUUCUAUUUUAGCUCCUUAA